AUGUUUAAGAAGAUCCACUCCAUCUUUCACCCCAACGCCCAGAGACAGACUCUGGUCAACAACGGCCCCUGCUACGACAGGACGAGCUCAGCCGUGCGGCUGAUUCGCAGCAGCUCCAUGUACGUGGUCGGGGGUGGUGGGGAGAAAUUCAGCGAAUCCCUGAAAAAGUACAAGAGCACUCCCGGCCUCGACAGCAGCCCCUACUACCGCCAGAAGGAGGAGGACCGGGCCUGGAUGUACACCCGCACUCAAGACUGCCUGCAGUACCUGCAGGACCUGCUGGCCUUGCGCAAAAAAUACCUCAACAGCCUCAAGGACCUGAAGUCCCACCCUUCGCCUGAGAUCUCUUCGGCUUCCUCCAAGUCUGCUAAGGGAGGGAUGAAGAUCCUGGCCCAACCUCCCCCUAAGGAGGGUAAGAAAUCAACCAAGAAAGUCUCACCGCUCAAUGCUGAUGUAAUGGAAGCCAUUGCUUACUUUGAUUCCAUUAUCGCUGAGUUGGAGGGAGACAGGCACCCCAAGGCUUCUGGCAGAGACCCACCAAAUGCCGAUGUGGACUUCGAUGUGGCCACCAGCUCCACUGAGCACAACUUGCACUCCAACUGGAUCCUGCGUGCCCCUCGCAGGUACUCAGAACACAUCUCCUCACUCACCGUGAGGGUGGUUGAGAGCCAGCCCCGGAGGAACACGGAGAGGAGAAACUUCAGCACCCAAAGGAGGCUCGAGAGGCACCCGAUUUACUUGCCGAAAGCCGUGGAAGGGGCAUUCAGUACGUUAAAAUUUAAGCCCAAGGCCUGCAAAAAAGACCUGGGGGCUUCUAAAUGGAUUCUCUUCAGCUUCAAGUACGAAGAUACUACGGAGUGGGACACCACCGAGCCCCUCGUGCCAGGGCUUGUGGAGGCUGCGAUAGAAGGCAGAGAUGAGGGAGAGGCCAUCUGGGAAUCCGCUCCUGACUGUCUACCUCUGGAGAGUCUUUGGGAGCAGACUGACAGGAUGUAUCACAGAACUUCCACGCUAUAUGAACGACUGACCAUAUGGUUCUUAAUAUUAGAUUUUAAAAUGAACCGGGUUUUUAAUCCCCCGGAGACCACAGACACUGCGUCCUACCUAAGAACUUUCUCUCACGGCAGGCAGACGCAAUCCGAGAUCUAUCGGGUGCAGAGUCACAAGGACACCUUACUGGCUCUCCCGAGAAAGGAUUACAAGGCUUCUUACACUCAGAGCCACAAACACUUUCAGGAAAAUUCACACAUAAUCCACAGGCUUCCAACAUAUGGAUUUAUCAACACCUCUCUGCAAUCCCUUGUGAUAGAGAAAUAUGGUGAAGAGACUUGGGAGCAAUUGAAGUCUAAAGGACCACUUUCCUACUUCUUCAACACUUUCUGUCCUCCUUUAGUUCUCCAGAUCAUUACCUAUGACAACACAAACCGCAGCCUAUAG